AGCAAGAGCAAAAAGAACGAGAGCGAAUAAGAGAGAAAGAGAGGGAGAGCGAGCAAGCAAACGGGAGAGGGAGGGAGGCGAACGUGGUCGGAACGGUUACGGCUGGCGGAGUGCAACGAGGACGUCGCAAUCAGUCGCGAUUUCGCGAGAGGUGAGAUUGUACGCAGUGGGUGUCCGCGCGAAUUCGCGAAUUGCUCUUUUCGUUCUCUCCGGAAGGAAAACUCCCGGUACGGUACGAAAAUUCUCUCUCUACUCGAGUUACUUCUACGUCUCUUUGCAUAAUAUAUCGUGGUGCAGCGAAAUACAACAGGAGCACAAGUGUUGUGUAGCGUGUGUAUUAUAAAAGUGUUGUCUCUGCUGAGUGCCAUCUCUGAGUAACGAGACUUCGUGGGGAGAUGAUCGGAAUUCUGGCUCGGGAUCUCCGCGUACCUCGAGGCACCAAUACGCAACGAUUUCAACUAUGACGAUACAAGAAACUUUCGCGCAUGUCAAGAUAUAGUUGGAGGCUGUGAUUACUUUUCUUAAUGCGAUCUUAAUUUUAACCGAAUGCAUAAUCUAAGUGUUGAAUAAUUUAAAAUUAUCAAUUCUUUCUUUCGAGAGAAUAUCUUCCAGUGAUCGUUUCGUCACGAACUUUUACUCGGACAAAAGUUAAAAGUUAAGUUUGUAGUGCGGCAACUUUAUCUCGAAAAGACUCAGUCGCUAUUUGAACGCAAUCGAAAAAAACACAAAGAUAAAAUAAGGAUUGAGGAAUAUCUGGAACGAUAACAUUAUAACAUUAAAAAAAACACGUGUAAAGACUGGCCGAAAACGAAGACGAGAAAGCGUUUGUUAUCACGGGACCGGAAGUGGGAUCCGUCACGGUGACUAGCUUACUAAGUGCCGCCGACGGAGUCGUAUGCUACAAUGAAGGGUCGGAGAUUGUUGUUACGCGGGGUGUCGUUCUGGCAACCCCAUCCAGGCUAAGAGAAGCAGUUGAUCUGUCAACCACCAUCACGACGACGACUACAACGACGACGGCGACGGUGAUAGAGACAGCAACUGCAAAGAUAGAACCCAUCAUGGAUACCAGUGGCGAUUCGAGCAUGGACACCACGAACGGUGGCACUGCCACGGGUGGCACGAUCACCUCUGUUGUUGCCGGUGCCGCAUCCCUGACGUUGGUUAAGGCCGAGAUAUCGACGUCACCUUUGACGGUACCCCCCGUGGCCGCUGGACCGAUCGGGGGCAGCCUAUUCGGCAGUAUUACCAAUAGCAAUAAGACAGCCAGGAUGGAUGAUUGGCUAGCGACGAACAGCCCCGGGUCGCCGCAGAGUUCUCUGCAAGGUCACGUGAUUUACGCUUCUCAGUUGCCGGAGCAACCUCCGCUCGCGCAUCAGCAGCAACAAGUCAGCAAUAAUGGAUACGCGAGUCCCAUGAGCACCAGCAGUUAUGAUCCGUAUAGUCCCAACGGUAAAGUAGAACCGACUCAACAGGUUCCAAUAACUUCGAUAACGAACGGUAGUGUUAAUAACGAUGGAUGCGAUACGAAGAAAAGAAAAGGACCCACACCUCGGCAGCAGGAGGAAUUGUGCCUUGUAUGCGGCGACCGUGCGUCUGGUUAUCACUACAACGCUCUCACGUGCGAGGGCUGUAAAGGUUUCUUUAGACGCAGCAUCACCAGGAACGCCGUGUACCAAUGCAAGUACGGCAACGGCUGCGAGAUCGACAUGUAUAUGCGCCGCAAGUGCCAGGAGUGCAGGCUGAAGAAGUGUCUGGCGGUGGGCAUGAGGCCGGAAUGCGUCGUGCCUGAGUUCCAAUGCGCGGUGAAAAGAAAGGAGAAGAAAGCGCAGAAGGAAAAAGACAAACCGAACAGUACGACAAUGAACGGUUCGCCGAGUAGCGCCGGGAUGGGCGAUCAUCAGAUGAGCGUGAAAACCGAGCCGGUCGAACCCGAGUCAGUCUCCGGAAAACGUAAUAAUUCGAAAUACUCGCUGAACUCUUCAGCAGCAUCAGUCAAUCCCAUCAGUCCCGAGCAAGAGGAGCUGAUAAGCAGGCUCGUGUCUUUUCAAUGUGAAUUCGAGCAACCGAGCGAAGAGGACAUGAAAAGAAUCAAUUUAAAUUCACCAUUUGCCGGUGAAGAUCCCAGUGACUACAGCUUCAGGCACAUCACUGAAAUCACGAUCCUGACCGUGCAGCUGAUCGUUGAAUUCUCAAAAAGACUACCUGGCUUCAAUGAGCUGAUGCGUGAGGAUCAGAUCACACUGCUGAAGGCGUGCUCCAGCGAGGUGAUGAUGCUGCGAAUGGCGAGGAAGUACGACGCGAUGAGCGAUAGCAUAAUUUUCGCAAACAAUCAGUCGUACACGCGCGACAACUACAGCAUUGCCGGAAUGGGAGAUACCAUCGAUAAUCUUUUACAUUUUUGUCGGCAAAUGUACGCAAUGAAGGUCAAUAAUGCCGAAUACGCUUUGCUCACCGCUAUUGUAAUUUUCUCAGAGAGACCCAAUUUGGUGGAAGGCAAGAAGGUGGAAAAGCUGCAGGAAAUAUAUUUAAAGACGUUGAAGGCGUACGUGGAUAAUCAUCGUCACGAAUACUCAUCCGGUACAAUCUUCGCUAAACUCUUGUCGGUUCUGACCGAGCUUCGAACUCUCGGCAAUCAAAACAGUCAGAUGUGCUUGAAUCUGAAAUUCAAGAAUAAGAAGCUGCCAGUUUUCCUCGCCGAAAUCUGGGAUGUGAUACCCUAGUUUCCCAGUCGCCGAUCAACGGCGCCUGCGCCGGUCGGCUGAACAAAACUCUUUUGACGUCGCAGUAGCAAGCAACAGCGUAAGCAAAACGGCGUCGUGUAGACGCAUGGACGUGGAAAACGGCCUGCGCAAUUCUUGUACUAGUGCACCACUAUGCCACUGCCUCACCAUCGCAAGUCAACAUAUAUUGUAUCAGGCGCUGUUCUAGAUUCAUUAUGAUCAUUUGUUCUUUCUCGAUAAUCGGCCACGUUUAGAUAAUUGUGGACUGAUCGAUCUUUAUAACGUUCAUAAAGAUAAGCUUAAACAAAAGCCGGACCUACACCACUCGCGUGUGACUCGAGAUCGAAAGAAGGUUGUUGUUUACUAAUUCAGAUAUGUUGGUAUGAAAAUUAAAAUAUUUUCGAGGUAUAAAAACGAUAGAUAAAUGCAAGGCGUUAAUAAGAUACAAACGAUCGCAUCUAUGUGAUGAAAGAGAACUGUGAAACGGAUUUUGAAGUUCGGAAGCAAUUCUGAUUAAAAUAAUUGUUUAUAUAUAUGUAGUCAGAAUUAUAGAGUUUUAUAAAAUUUACUAUUUUUACUUAUGAACUUAUAUAAAUCCAAUCGACAUUCAUGAGAAAUUUUUGACUUUUGCUGGCAAAUGAUGUCUUGGAGUUCAAACGCACAUGACUUGUAUUACCGAAAAGCGGAUUGCGUAAACACAUUUUGCGUAGCCUCUUAUAGUUUUGUCGAUUAUCACUGUUCUAAUUAAAUAUUUAGUUGAAACUCUAGUACUGGACAAAUGUUUUUGUAUACUGAAUUAUUGAAAUUUUCUUAUGUCGUUCUUAAUAAUGUUACGUUUAUUAAGUAAUAAAAGUGUUUAAUAACAUUUUUAUCUCGAAUUUGGCCUACAUUAUCUCUAACUUUUGAAAUAUUAUAAGCUAUCACACAAAUCCUGUUUUUGUUAUAAAAUCUACUUUCUGCAAAAAAAACAUAUAUAUUCAUAUAUGUUAUGUAUGCAGAGUCAACAAAAACUAUCAUUUGAAGCGAAGUAAAAUGUCCAAAACGUUGAUAUAAAAGUGACACGGAAACCAUACGCAGAUAUACAUACGUAUUUUAUUUUUUAUGUAUAUAAGAAAAUAUAUUUUUUCCGCUCUCCUGCAAAUGUAACCGAUCUGAAGAAUAAACAUAUAUUUUCUUAUAUAUAAAAAAUAAAACGCAUAUCAUAUAUUUCUUUUUUUUUUUCAAUAUAUUCUGCAGUGAUAACAUGCAGCGUGUAGAGAAACUAAUUCCACGUUAUAUAUUAAAUUAUAAGUAUAGAAAAACAGUUUAAAUAUAUAAGUGACUAGACCGGGACUUGAAUCUUUUUCAGAUGGUUACUCUCUUUAUAAGAGCCAUUGAGCUAUCCAGAUCUUAUGCGUUAAAUACCCCUUUUUGAUUUUUAAUUGUAAACUAUAGACAAGAGUUUUACAGCAUAAGGCUUGGAUAACUUAGUAGAGAGAGAGAGAGGGAGAGAAAGAGAGAGAGAGAGAGAGAGAGCAAUCAUACAUAUGUAUAUAUUUCAAUUUAAAUUGAGACAAAUUUAUUUGUGUUCCAUGUGAGCUGACCAGAUCUCUUUCGUUCACAACUGCCGUGAAUCGCCUCGCGUGAAUGAUCUUAUUGCGCACGAGUUGCGUGGGACCGGCUUAGGAGUAAGGAAGGGCGAGAAGAGUUCCCCGUGUAUUGGAAACGUCCGGAAACGAGAGCGGGGAAAGGAAGCGGGAACAAGAGCGAAAGAUUUAUAUAUCAUUGUGAAAGAAAGGCAGUGGUGCGGCCCAGGCUGUGAUUUAUAGAAUGCAGAGGUGUAUGAACGAAGGUAUAUGAAGAAAGCUACCUGCAAUUUACAUUUUACCGCUAUAUCCCCUACCUGGAUAAAUCCUUACACAUAAUCGAUAUGUAAAUGUAAUUGUAUUAUAAGGUAUCGAUAUUUCGGAUGGGUCAUUUGUUGAGAAAACGAGUAGCGGCAAGUGCAGUUAAUCUGACGAAGAGGGAGGGUGAACCGGAGGAAGAAGAUGUAGCAAUAGGAUUAAGAAUAGGCGACUCACGAAUAACUAUGAGGACGAGUAAUUUUAAGUAAACGGUGAUGUUGCUCGCGAGAAGAAACAGUUCGAGGAUCUUACAGUUUUAAAUCAUCAGUAAUAUAGCAUUCUCCCAAGUUUUGGCCGUAAGUAAACAAAGCGAAGGCGAAACGAAACCCAGUACAGUGGAGACGCUGUUGAGCAGCGUCCCGUAAAAAAAAAAAAAAAAAAUAUAAAGCGCAAAGUUCAACAAAAGAAACCCUAUGAUACAAGCAUACCAAUACCAUAGAGAGUCUAUAUCACACGCAUUACAUAUACAUAAUAUAUCUUGCUAGCAUGUAUAUUGUUUAUACCAGAGAUAGGGAAGGGAGAGACUGUGGAAGCAGGCGCGUGUGUGUAUGCGCGUGUGUGAGUCAAAAUAAUUGAGAGAGCGAAUGUGAAAAAUGGAAAAAUGAAAGAAUGAGAGAGAGAGAGAGAGAGAGAGAGAGACUGGAGCGAAAGUUAGAUAGUUAGAAUUGAAAGAUUGGUAGGGAUCUAUACCGCAGCAGGAUAGCGCGUCUUGGUGGCACUGUGUAUUAAUAUGUUUCCCUUAUUAAUACAGAUCGUGAAUACGUUCAGGGCGUUCCCGCAAGGAAAGGAGAUGGGCUGAUGAAAUAAACUUUUUACGAAAUGUACAUAUUUUUCAAGAGAAUACGCUGUGGAAAGCUGAGUGUAUGUAUCAAUCUUUGCUUACAUGUCACAAGGCAAGAAGUUGUUUUGUACAUAAUAAUUUUUUUAUGAAUAUAUAGUGUUUGCGUGUGACACGAGAGACAAAGUAGAAAAAGUUCGUUAUAUGCUUGUAUCUUUUGUUGUUUAUAUAUACACAUAUAUCUAUACAUACAUACAUAUAAAUAUAUAUAUAUCUUCGUCAAUGUGUCAUGGGACGUCCUGAAAAGAGAUGCGCGCGGAAAUAUAUUUACCUAUUGGAGGAGUACUGUGUAAGAUGUCUUUUUUUGGAGUAAUAACUGAUAUAAGACAACUCUAAUUCACCUGUUCUUGAACAGAAAUACGGGAAUACAUAAUAUUUUUUUUAUUAAGGAAAAAAAUAUAUUUUAAGUAAUAUAGAGUAAAUCAACUUUGAAUUCGUUUAUCAAGUCGAAAAUUGUAUGGCGAAUGAUGAUGUUGAUGGAAUUCGUGUGUGUACAUGACAACCGUUACAUGUAUAUACGUCGUUAUGUGAUGUUAUUAUCUGCGGACUAUUGCUUGAGAAGACAUUUGAUGUGCAACGUUUAUAAUUAAAAAUUAGAGGAAUAUACAUCGGCGCGAGACGUGAAAAAUUUUUUGUAAAAUCGUUCGAGCGUGUUGACAUUAAAUAUUUGCCCACAAUUUUCGAUCAAGAAUAAAUCGAAAUUUAAAGUCGGCUUCCUCUCAUUCGUUACACGAUCGAAGAUUAAACUUUAUAUGAUAGUUAAGGAAAGAAAUCGAAUGAUACGCUUGAGACGAAUCGAUCAUCUUUCGUUCCAAACUGAUGGAAGUACCGAAAGUAAUCGAGCGAGAUGGCGUGUGGCGAUCAAUUAUUUAGGAAAGCAGUAGUGCGUAGAAUGAAAGUGAGAAAACUCGUUGAAUUGUUUUGAAUUUCGAGCAAUUGCGCUUUUUUAGAAGUGAUAUAUAUAUAUAGUGGCAGUAAAAUCAGAUGUAUAUACUAAUGUCAAAAACAAAAUUCACUGAAUCGAAUCAUCGGAAAAAUUCUUAAACAGGAUUACACUUGCUAAGUCGAAUCUUAUUUUUUGUUCAAUAGGUAAAUCAAAAUUUUCGGAGUUUCAAAUCUAUUUAUUUAUAACUUGUUUUUACCAAAAUUCACUUAGAACGCGUCACAUUACAUUUAACAUUGUUUAUCAAGUAAAAAAGCAUCGUAAAUGUAUUUUUAUAUUAUGAUUUACUUGAUACGUUAUACAUACGCUCUCGCUCGAUGUUUGAAGCAAUUCCUAUAAGAAAGCAAUGCUGAAUUGCAAUGAAUGCUAGUUUAUGGUAGUAGGUCGUAGAUGAGUGAGCUAGGCUAGGUGACCGAGUUCUAGUGCAAAGCCUUGUGCCUUCAGCAGCGGACAUCGGCUCACCAACAAACAGAAACAAAAAAUAAUGAAAAAUACAUUGAAAUUUAACCGUCCGUUUCAAAUCUUUCAAUGAAAGAGAAAACAAACUCGCUAAUAAAAACAAAACAAAAAAAAAACAAAUCGUGAGCAAAGUCACGCGAGUUUACCGUGUUGCUAGAGAUAGAGAGAAAAUAGAGAGUGAGAAAGUGAGAGAGAAAGGAACAGAGUGAAAGAAAAAAGGGAAACGAUAGUAGAAAACAUGUAAGAAAAAUAGAGAGACUGCGAAAGUGGAUUAUUAAGUAUGGCUAUAUAAUAUAACUACAUAGUUGAUAAAACAUUUUAAAAAAUAAUAAUUACGAAACGAGGAUUGAUGCAGAUUUAAGUAAGAAUUUAUGGAAAAAAAAAUCCUUAUAGAGUUCCCAGAAAUCGUAACGCUAUUGCGGGAAGACAUUUAGUCUCUAAUUGUUAAAACUAAAGGAUAAAGACGAUGAUAUACGCGAAGAAUUCUUGGAUUCCUGGAUUUUUGAAUUUUUAGUCUCCGGAUUCUUAGUGCUCUCCGUAUUCCUACAUUUGUAAAUACUUAGGUCGGUAUUCGUAGUUCGAUCUUAAAACAAAAACGUAAAAUCCAAUUAUAAAUAUCGACCUCAGAUCCUUGGAUUCAUACUGCGCGUUUUGAGUCCCUUCUAUUUUUUUUUUUUUGUCAAUCUGAAAAAUGAUUGCGAAAGAAAAACUUUCUCAAUACACUUUAACCAAUCUAAAGAAUAGAUAUAUAUUUCUUUAUAUGUAAAAAUUAAAAUAUAUAUUUCUCUUUUCAAUAUGCUCUGCAAUAAUAACAUGUAGCGAGCAGAAGUUCCGCGUAUAUAUACAUAUUAAAUCUUAGACAUAGGAAAAACGAUUUGUGGAGUGACUGGACCGAGAAUCGAACCUGAAGUUUUUGUUUUCCAUCUUCGUUGAAUUAGCCUUUGCGUUAAAUCGUUUUCGAUUAUUAGACUAAAAGUAGACGCAAAAACAGAAAAAGAAAAAACUACAUUAUGUGAAUAAUUGUUAACAAUAAUUGCUAACAAAUUAUUAUUAUUUCUUGCUAACAUUCUGUAUCUAACGAGACGUAGAAUCCGAGAAUCGAGGAAUAUGAUGUGUAUUUCAAAGACUUCAAAAUUAUCUAAGAAAAAAGACUUAAGAUUUGAUAAGUCCAAGAGCUCGAAAAACUAAGAAUCCCGAAAGUUAAUAAAAUGAUUUUUUAGUAUUUACAAUGACGUCAGUUUGAGAAUUAACAGUCCAAGCAUCUAGGAAUUCAAGUUGUGGCAUAAUUUUACAUAAUAACACACACAUGUGUCUCAGCUGAUUUCGCCGCUUUACACUUUAUUUUUCCUCGAACUUAAUAAAUGCUUGUAAUGUUACAUGCCGCUUAGUUGCAAAAGUAGAUUGUUGAAGUCGAGUGACACGAAACGCAUUUGACAAAAAAAAAAAAAAGCGAAACGCAUACGAGAACGAAGAUGAAGCGAAUGCAUAAGAAAUACGACAAAAAUGAACACGCAAUUCUACGAUCACUGCCAAGGACGUUUUACCGUCUACGUCAUUCUCGUCUUGUUGAGAUGUUGUCGUUUUUUUCAAGAUUUAAGAAACCGUGCGAGACGAAAAAACAAAGCGAAUAAGAUAAGGAGAAAAAAAACAAUUAAACGCCUGCCUGGGCAAUUGUUCAUAUUACUGCCAAGUGUAGAAUCGAGUUUCUGUGUUUUUUUAAAAAUUAUAAAAUACACACAUCCAUAUACAAGUAUUUGAAUAUGUAUAUAUGUUUUUACAUAUAUAUAUGUAUUCAAUAUAUGGAUGUAAAUAUUCAUACUUGAACACACGAGGAGAGAGAGAGAGGGAGAGAAAGGAUGAGAGAGAGAGAGAGAAAGAAAGAAAGAAAGAAAGAAAGAAAGAAAGAAAGAAAGAGAGAGAGAGAGAGAGAGAGCACAUGUGUUCACGUUUGUCGUCAGUUAAGUACACUGUUAAACACUUAUGCGCGUCGUGUCCCGAUGUCUAUCCGUUAUGUCUGUCACGAAAUAUUGUAAAUUGCGAUCGAAGGUCUUAAGAUAAUAUAUUGAGAUACUUGAAAUAAAACAAAUGGAUACGAGAUGUAGCUUAUAUUCGUUUGCAAAUUCUAUUACGAAAGUCUUGUAGUAUGUUUCAAGAAGAGGUUUGUUUUAAAACGAAAAAGAGAUGAGAGAUACAUGACGAGAGACACGUGCAAGAAGAUGUGACUCGGUAUAUGUCGUACCAACUCCUUCGAUUUGCGAUCAGGACUCCAAAAAUAUAAAUGUUUAGACUUAAAGGACGUGUAGUAACCUGGAGAAAUUCUGAGUGAUCUGAAAAAGAAAGAAAGAAAAAGAGAGAGAAAGAAAAAAGAGAGAGAAAGAGAGAGACUUCGUUCAGCUUCUUUCGCACCAAAACUUUGCACUUGGCAAAUGUCUGUAUCGCAAAUUGUAUUGGUCAACUUCCAAGAGUUGCCACCGCGAAAGAAACGGUUCGCGUGAUUCGAUGUCGGCAAUGCAAACGUCAUUUGUUGCGCUUGCACAAGACUCUUUACCGCUGUUAUUCUUAACUACGACAGCUCCUGCUACUAAUUACUACGACUAAUACCUAGACUCUAUCUCAUGAAAAAAAAAAAAAAAAAAAAAA